AUGCGUAGUUGCACUUUCUUGAAUUUUUUUUUCUGGAAAAUCGCAUUCUUUUCAUUUGUUUCACUAACGACGGCAUCCAUAGUGGACGAAUCUUUUUCACCUUAUCAAGAUGUGUAUGAUGCAAUUCUUACCACAUUGUUUCUGAUCACUUUUGUGAUUUUGUUCAGUAUCUCUAAUAAGAAAAAUGGAAAAAAAAUCAACACGCAGCCUACAGUUGAACCCGAGAUUACGCAACUUAUAGUUAAACCUGAGGUUACGCAACCUACAGUUACAGUUGAACCUGAGACUACACGAUCUUUACUCACGAAAAAUAAUCUGUUGCCAUUACUGGAUGACACAUUGUACAACACAGUCACUUGGGGGAUUCCAUUGACAGUUUCUUUUGCCUAUAGUGAUUUGCUGAAUGUAAAGCUAUUUUCGAUUGUAAACAUGUGUUUACAUGUAUCUUGUGCAAUAAUCACAUUAGCUCAAAACAAGCGCAUUUCAGAUGGCAUUUACGAUGAUAUUACAGAAGAUAUUUUCACAACAAUUUAUAAUAUUCCUUACAUUAUUUGGAAUAUUUCUGGUUUUAUCAUUACUCAGUCUCAUAAUACAAAUCUGAGCGUAUCUUAUUUUACUGAUAAUUUGCCUGACAAUUUUCAAAAUUUUCUUGAUGACAUUCUUAUUACUUCAAUAACAUUAACUCAAUAUGCACUGCAGAAUUCUGUGAAAUCUCAAAACCCGGUGGACUGA